AUGGGGAUCCUCAAUGUCUUGACGGCCAUCUCAGCCUACGCCCUCUGUGCCGCCGUAGAUACCGAGGGCAAACUGCCCCUCUCUGGUACCGUUGCCCCAGGAGCAGGCGCUAGCACCAACCACGGCGACGGCGACAGCAGGUCUCACGAAGGAGAUAACGGCAAUCUUAUGCCGGAAACUCAGAGCAACGAGGACAGCACGAGCGCAGAACCGCCUGCUGCUUCUCCCUCUGAUGAAGACAUAGGCCGACCUAAGACGGAAGUUCCUUCCACCGCUCCUGUUGCUGCAGCUCCUCUUGCUGGGGAUGCUGCUACUGCUCCUUCUCCCUCUGGUGCAGAGCUAGAUCCUCCUAAGACAGCGGUUCCUGCUGCUUCUGCUGCAUCUCCUCUUACUGCGGAUGUUGCUACUACAACUGUUACCUCACCGCCGGAUGCAGACUUAAGUAGUAUUGAAGAAGCAGUACCUCCUCCUCCUGCUUCUUCUGCAACAGUGCCUGUUGCUGAGGGUGCUGCCGCUGCUGGAUCCCAUGAGGCAGGGUUCGAAGGAGGCGUCCCCCCUGUUCCUUCAGGCACUGCAACUACGUUGGUGGAAAGAGAAGAGCAGCAUGACGCGUCCGCUGCUCCUAAAGAAGCGGACGAUACCCGGCCAACGGCAGCAGACAAUACACAGCCUACCGCCGAGGCAAACACGGUGAACGUUCCUGCAGCGGGUGGUAUCUCUGCAAUGCCAGCGAGUAUCGCUACACUGAAUGCACGGGAAGCGGGAGACGUUAGAACAGAAUCACCGGAAACUGCAACAACCGAACCAACAACAACUACUUCACCAACAACUACAACUGUGUCAUCUUCAACAGUAACGGAAAAGCCGACCUCGCCCCCAUCCACAGCAGCAGGCUCACCUGAAACUCCAGGAACUCCGGGUAGUGCCACAGACGAUUCAACUGAUGCAGCCACAGUAAGCAGCACGACAGCAGAAGCAGUGGAAAGUAAUCCAUCAACAGUAACGGAGAAGCCAACCUCGCCCCAAUCCACAGCGGCAAGUUCACCUGAAGCUCCAGGAACUCCGGGUAGUGCCACAGACGAUUCAACGGAUGCAGCCACAGUAAGCAGUACGACAGCAGAAGCAGUGGAAAGUAAUCCAUCAAAAGGACAGAAAAUGAGACAAGAAACGGGAAACUAA